GGACUCGUUCGCAUAGUGGAUGAUAUGAUUGGAUGAUGUCUUAGUGGGAAGUUCCCAAACGCCGGUUUCGCUGUCGAGUUGCGCAAAACGCCAUUUUGGAGUGACAGUGGAAAAGAAGUGAAAGGUCUAGACGCCGUCUUUCUAAGAUUUACCACCAUGGGGAAUAUGUUUGCAAGCCUGUUCAAGGGCCUAUUUGGCAAGAAGGAGAUGAGAAUUCUCAUGGUGGGACUUGAUGCUGCUGGGAAAACAACCAUCCUGUACAAACUCAAACUAGGAGAGAUAGUCACCACCAUUCCCACAAUUGGUUUUAAUGUUGAAACGGUAGAAUAUAAGAACAUCAGCUUCACAGUGUGGGACGUCGGCGGUCAGGACAAGAUCAGGCCACUGUGGCGCCACUACUUCCAGAACACUCAAGGACUCAUCUUUGUGGUGGACAGCAACGACAGGGAGCGAGUGAACGAAGCAAGGGAGGAGCUGGCAAGAAUGCUCGCCGAGGACGAGUUGAGAGACGCUGUGCUGCUCGUUUUCGCAAACAAACAGGACCUUCCUAAUGCCAUGAACGCUGCAGAGAUCACAGACAAGCUGGGCCUGCACUCCCUCCGCCAGCGCAACUGGUACAUCCAGGCCACCUGCGCCACCAGCGGGGACGGCCUGUACGAGGGCCUGGACUGGCUGUCCAACCAGCUGAAGAACCAGAAAUGAUCCAUUCCACCUAUUUGUUUUUUGUUUUAUUAUUUCUCUGUCUGACACAAUGGCAGCAUCGGUUUCAAGCCCCUAGCCCUCCAGUUCCCUCUCCAUUCUGGUCUGUUUCACAUAACGACCCCCCUCCCCAAUCUUCUUUCUCUCCUCAUCCAUCCUCACGGGGUUUUAGCCUGUGCUGCUCCUGUGUGUUUUAUUGUGUGUUUGCAGUCGGGUGUGUGUGCGCGUGCGUGUGGGUGUGAAGGCGUCUCUGUGUUCGUUAGCUGGGAUUGGGAGUAACCCUGGCGUGCCUUUUACACACCUCCUGUGGUAACAGUGGUCUGGCUCUUCAAGCCCCCCCCCUUCCACCGAUUCACCACCUUGCCCAGCCUAUCCCCAACUCUCGAUCUUGCACGGCCCCUUACUACCACCCUCCUACUCACCCCCCCAGCAAGCAUGGUUUUCACUAGGCAAAGAAAGAGCAAGGGUGCCAGCUCCCUCCCUCCCCAUAGUGGCUAUUUAAUAUAUUACAUGAUUUGUACAACCAGUGUAGAGACUAAAUAAUAGCAUGCUCAUUUAAACAUGUGUUUUGUUUUGACCCAGCUGUAAAAGAAAAUAGAAAA